UUGUAAAUAUUUUUUCAAUUGUGCUGCAAUGUCGCUGACAGAUGUCUUGGAAUUGAAUAAAACGGAGUUGUUUGCCAAAUUACGAAAUGGCCUACCGAUUGUGCCGCAAACUCAGAACCUACUUGAUUGCAAAGAUGAUCUAUUGUACGCAUGGAACUCAAGCGAUUCCUGCUUGCUGGUCACAAAUUGGCGCGUAGCGUUGCUUCAGACGGAACCAAAGAGUGCCAAAGUCAGCUACCAGACACUCAUACCAUCCAACUCAAUUGGUCUGAAUGUCGAUCGUGUUGUGGUCUCCCAUGAGGGUUCGCUUGUAGCGCUGAGUGGACCGCGAGGUGUGACAAUAUUGGAUGUACCACGCCGCAGUGGGCCGGACGGCUGUUUCAUGGAUGGCAAGCCGCAAAUCACGUGCCGCACAUACAAUCUGGAUGCGCUGCUGUUUCAAAACAAUCCUCAACUGGAGGUGCGUCAGUUGCGUUGGCAUCCCGACUCCGUCUCUGACUCCACGUUGUUGGUGCUGCUUUCCAACAACACAAUGCGCGUGUACAAUCAUGCAAAGCUGCGCCAUGUGUGGAAGGUUGGCCCGCACACAGUCAAAACUGGUGCAAAUACAUCUCUCUCGGAUUUUGGUGAAACUUCCGUUGACUUUGAUAUUGCGCCCGCUGUUAAAUCUAGCGCCAACGAUGAACCAAGCACUAGCCUCUCUACCACACACAACAAAACGCAGUCUGCUGCCAAGACGAGCAAGGAGAAGGUGGAGUGGCCCAUUGUUAUUUUGCGUGAGAAUGGCAAUAUAUAUAUGAUGCCCGCAGGCAUCGAUUCGGAAAUAACGCGUUUGCAGGGUCCCAUCACCAUAACACCGCAGACGAGCGCCAACUAUGGCCUAGAGUCGUGUGCUUUGCUUAUCAUACCAUCGUUACCGCCCACUGUGAUCAUUGCCGAGUCAACGGGUAAGCUGCAUCAUGCGCUUUUGCUGGAGUCGGAGACUAAAGAGCACUCGUUCAGCGACGUGGAUGAAUGCUUGAUCAUCGAGCCAUCAGAGUGGACCUUGCACGUUACUGAAACCGUUGAACUUGAGUUGGGCCUCUCCUCGGGAAGUGCUAACGAUACAAACGGUGCCUAUAGCUGCCCCAUCCACCUGAAACGAGAUCUGAUCAACGAGAUGCGUUAUUUUGCGUAUCACAAUGCUGGACUUCACUCUAUAACUGUUAACUUCAUAUCUGAGCUGCAGCGCUUUUUGGAUAGUGAGGCCGAAGACGAUCAGCUGGUAUUAUCGACACCCUCCAGCGCCGAAUAUAUUUUGUGCACUAAGUUCGAUUCAAGUGAUCGCGUCAAUGCUGUCUUUGGCAUCGCCCUGAUGCAAAUGCCAGCUGGACUCGUGCUGUUGCUGAGCAGCGGUCAAGUAAUUAGCCUUAAGCUGGUCAUCGAUUCACAAUUGCUGGUUACCACCAAGCAACAGUUGCAGCGCACAGCUACAGAUGAUGUGCUUGGUCAGCAGGGUGAGGGUCCUUCGUUUACGGACACAAUCAAAGCAUUGCUGAUGCGUAGCGUGAGUCAACCGAUUCUGGCCGACAAGAUGGCAUCGUCUUCUGCACAUGAGCGCUACGAGCUGCUCAACCAGGCCAUAGAGGUGCUGCGCUCUCAAUACCUCAAGCGACACGAGCUGGUGCGCGUGGAGUUCGCCAAGCGCAUAAACUGUAUUAAGCUGCAGAAACAACAGCAGCUGCAGGAGAUAAAGAGCCUGGAGAAAGAACGAGAAAUCAUAAGCGAGCGUGCGCACAAGCUUGCGGAACGCUUCGAAGAAAUCAGCGAUAAUCAAGAAAUCCUGAUGCGCCGUUGCCAAAAGCUGAUGCAGGACGCCAAUGCAGUGCUGCCGAAUAGCGUUUUAGCUGAGCGUGAGUUUGCCUUGGAAGUGGCACGCAUCAACAAGGCCACCAAAAGCAUGGCAGCUGCCUUGGACACGGCUAAGAAUACGUUCAACAAGCAACGCUACCACAUUGCCAAGUCCCAAGAGAUGGCAAAGAACAACGUCUACGAGCUGCCAGAGAAACAGCGACGCACCAUUACGGAGAUCCUUACUCAGCUGUCCAGUGAGAUUGAUCGUCAGAUAACUGAUGUGAAGCGAAUAAAUAAGAUUAUUGGCCUAUGAACCUAUCGUAAACAUCAAAUAAGUUAAUUUUGUAUGUGUGCUUUUGUUUAAAAUUAAAGCAACCUUGUAGUAUU